UGGCUCUUAGCAGAGUCUUCAGAGUACUCGGGAAGGACAGCGUGGAGAGGGUGCAGAUUCGUCCGAUGUCUGUCUCUUAGUCCGCCUUUUCGGUCAAUUUUAAAUGUCGGGCAUGCUCUAACACAGUGGACUGACUGGGACUACUACUGACUUUUCUGUCGACUUGUAGGUUUUCAGGGGGGGGAAACUUAUCGUGGAUCGUUUACAGCCAGGGCGACAUGAGCGCAGGAAAACUUCUGAGUCUCAGGAUGGAUGUACCUGUCAUCAUUUUGCUCAUCCACCUGACCCAUACUGAGAUUAGAGCGCUGCUGACCAGCAGGCCGGAAGUGUCCUCCACAUGUCCCCUCGGCCAGUUCCCCUGUGGGAACAUAAGUGAGUGUCUCCCACAGGCUUUGCAGUGUAACGGACACAAGGACUGUCCCAAUGGAGCUGACGAGCGGCGCUGUGGGGACAACAUCGGAUGGGCGGACUUAUUUGGUCAAACACUACAAGAUGCCAAUCAUGUGGACCAGUACUUCCUGAAUGAGUGUUUCUUGCAGGAGUAUCCAGAGAGUUGUGACUGCAUACAGACGGAUGUGGAGUGUGUGGAGGUCAACUUGCAGGAUGUUCCUCUACUCUCUCCUAAUGUUACCUUUCUGUCACUGAGGAGCAACAAGAUCCGAGUGUUGUCCGAUUUAGUUUUCUCAAAAUACUCUUUUCUAGAGAGACUAUUUCUGCAAAACAACAGCCUCCAGUUCAUAUCCAAACGUGCUUUCAGCGGCCUGCACAGUUUAAAGAGGUUGUUUCUAAGUGAGAAUUUGAUAUCCUCCCUUAGUCCUGGUGUGUUCGGGGAUCUCCAUCAGUUAAAAUGGCUGAUGUUGGAUCAUAACCCACUAAGCAGCUUGUCCAAGGACACUUUCAUCGGGCUCCAGUCUCUCAUAUACCUAUCCAUGGUGGGCACCUCGCUGCAGCAGCUUCCACACCCGAGCUUCUGUCAACACAUGCCUGCCUUGGACUGGCUGGAUCUUGAGGGAAACCAGAUUCAAACUCUCAACUACUCAAUCUUGAAGACCUGCAGCAAGCUUGAAGUUCUAUUGCUGAUGGACAACAAGAUCAGAAGAGUUCCCGAAAACACCUUCCAGUCUCUGUGGAAACUAGCUGAACUGAAUCUGUCCAGCAACAGGAUCAGGGAGUUGCCAAAAAACACCUUUAAGAGCCUCUCCAAGUCCCUUCUUAAACUAAAUAUCUCCCACAAUCCCCUCCUCCGCAUUCACCCCAGCCACUUCCACCACCUGAUACAUCUUCAGUCUCUGGCGCUGGAGGGGAUAGAGAUCCCAGACAUUCAGACUAAGAUAUUUCUGCCUAUGAAUAACCUCUCCCACAUCUACUUUAAGAAGUUCCAGUACUGCUCCUAUGCACCCCAUGUCAGGUCCUGUAAGCCCAACACAGAUGGCAUCUCUUCCUUUGAGGACCUGCUGGCUAACGUAGUGCUGCGGGUGUGUGUCUGGGUCAUGGCCUUCAUUACUUGCUUCGGUAACCUCUUUGUUAUCGGCAUGAGGUCACUGAUACGAGCAGAGAACAACCUGCACGCUGCCUGCAUCAAAGUCCUCUGCUGUGCAGACUGCCUCAUGGGUGUGUACCUGUUUUUCGUUGGAGUGUUUGAUGUGAAAUUCCGCGGGCAGUACAAUCGUAACGCCCUGCUCUGGAUGGAGAGCGUAGAGUGCCGGACUAUUGGAUUCCUGGCCAUGCUUUCCUCAGAGGUAUCUGUUCUCCUCCUGACCUACCUGACUCUGGAAAAGUUUCUAGUUAUUGUCUUCCCCUUCAGCAAUCUGCGCCCAGGCAAACUUCAAACUGUGGUGGCCCUGGCCUCUAUCUGGGUACUGGGGUUCAUUAUUGCUGCUGUGCCCCUAAUGAAUGAGGAUGUGUUUGGAAACUACUACGGACGUAAUGGGGUCUGCUUUCCCCUGCACUCUGACAGGCAAGAAAAACCUACAGCCAAAGGAUAUUCAACAGGGAUUUUUCUGGGUCUAAACCUGAUGGCGUUCCUGGUGAUCGCCUUCUCCUACUCCAGCAUGUUCUACUCCAUCUAUAAAACCGGCAUCAAUGCCACAGACUUGAGGAGCAGGCUGCACAGAGACGUGGCUGUGGCCAACAGAUUCUUCUUCAUAGUGUUCUCUGAUGCCCUCUGCUGGAUUCCCAUAUUUUUGGUGAAAGUCCUCUCACUAUUGGAGGUGGAAAUACCUGGCACCAUCUCCAGCUGGGUAGUCAUCUUCAUCCUUCCCAUCAACAGCGCCUUGAACCCCAUCCUGUACACCUUGACCACCAGCUUCUUCAGAGAGCAGGUGGAAGUCUUACUCUGUCGUUGGCAAAGAAGACAUAUAUUGAAAAAAGACCGCAAAAGUCUCACCUCCUCUACGAUCUUCAUGGACACGUCACGGCCUCCUUGCUACCAGCCACCAGCCUACGUCCAGUCACUAACCGGCGCAGAUCCCCGCUACGCCUAAGGGAGGCAGGAACUUUCCUUGCACUUAGUAAACUACUCGCCUGUUGCUGGUUAUAUCUUGAGGCUCCCACAUGACAGUAGCACUGUUUUAAUGAGACUGGCUUUCCAGUGGAACAAUAUUAACGAUCACUAAGCUGUCUCGCCAGGCUCUAAGGGGCUCCACAUUCUAAAAAUGACAACAAUUAGAUGCUUUGGAAAUGAGGAGCCAGGGAUUAUACCAGCAACCUUACAAUUAAACGAUGACCCCCUGUACCACUUCAGCUACAGUUGCCCCGAUACUUGUCUGCUUAUGUGGCUGUACAGUAAAGUGAAGAUAAGAAUAACGAUGGAUGAAAGGAUAAAUACCAGCAUGUACUGUACAUCUCACUGCCACCCAGAGGACGAUCAGAGUGGACUUCAAAUGUCUUAAAAUCAAGCAAGAAAAGUGCCUAUCAUACUUGUAGGAUACAUAAUGUCCCACAUACAUUUAGUGACCCCUUUAGUCAAGUUAUGGAUAUGGAUGUAUAGCAGGAGAGAGAGCUGGGAGACAAGCAGCCAAAUAUAUCUUCUAUCUCACAGGCACUUUUCUCUGGAGUGACACAGGUGAAACAGGUUCAAGGAUAAAUGCUUAUAAUGCUGAGAUUAUACAAAUGAAACUGCAAAUCAGCAUUUAUUUGUUGUAAUGUCAUCAAAAGCUAAUCCAUGUUUGAAAUUCAAUUGCCAAAAUACCAUUGAAAUGCAGAGUCCAUUUUACAUGCAAUUGUUAUAUCUUCUAUGAAAAUUUUAAUUAAAAUGAAUAACUAAAAGGUAAUUAUGCUAUCCAAAUAAUCCACGACAUUUAUUAUAAUCUCUGCUUCCUCCCUCUGUAUUUCUGCUCUCCAUGUUUGCUUUUGUUGUCUUCUUUUCUCUUUCUGGUAAUUUCUCUUGCUCCGUCAGUUGUUGAGUUUACUGGCCUGAUUAGCUUUCCUGAAUUAUAUUUUGCUCUGUAAUACUACUUUUCUAGAGCCGCCUCUACACAGAAAUGUAGAAACUGAAAAAGGAAGGAGUGCAUUUGCAUGUAGCAGGGUUGAUGUGUGAUCAUGUGAAACUGUUAUAUAAAUGCCACAAAUUACAUUUAAUUUAUGAAACAAAUCUGAAAAUGAAAUGUUCAAUACCCCAUUAAAUGAUAAUGUUUGACACUUGAAAUUUGUUAAGCUUUGUAGUGAAGGAGAUGAGAAUAUUAUUACAUGGUUAACAUAAAAAUGUGCUUUUGAAUUAUGUCAAAAGGUAAAAAUGUAAUUGUCUGUGAAUUUUAUUGAAUUAUGGUAGGUUAGGAUUAUAAUAAAUGUACAAGGCACUUAAAAUAUGAGAGAAACCAGUCAAUGGGAGAAAACCAAAACAUGAGAAAGAGACUAAACCAUCAGUUAUGUGUAUCAGUAGCAGCUAUCUUCCUGUUCCCCACUGACUGUAAACUGAUGUUCAUUUCUGCCAUAUUUUGUAAUGUUAUUCUGAUGUAAUGGGUGUAAUCUUAAUAUUUCAUUACUUGUUUAUUACGUGCCAUUUUGUAAACUCCAUCUGCAUGUGCAGUAUGUGCUCUGACUAUUUAUGAACCUGAACCAAUAUGCUGUAGCAUAUUAAUACCAUAAAAUCAUACUUUUAUUGUACAGACCUCCUGAUUGCGUGACUGACCGGGACUGGAUAAAAAUAUUUGGUUAAAGCAUGCAACGUAUACCUUUAAAUCACUAAUGAAGAAAUGUCUAAUUCUGAUUUGUUGUCAUUGCUUCUAUUAAUACUUUUGUAUAGUGAUAUAUAAUGUGCCUUUGUUUUUGCUGCUUUUAAACAGUUGCUUUGAUUCAAUGACAAUCAAAAACCAGAUAAUAGUGAAAGAGCAACAAACGAGGAAAGUUAUACAUUUGUACUGAUUUAUAAUGGACUAUCAUUUCCUAUUAUGCUGUGCAAGUGUGCAUAUGUUUGUUUUUGUUGUAUAAUAUUUGGUACAGGAGACUUGUUUUCUCAGUGUAUGUUCUGUAUAUCAUUGUGUUUGUUGGUGUCAGGUUAGUGAUUUGUCUUUAUUGGUUUCCACAAAGAGAUCUGACUGAAAUAAUAAUAAAAACAAGAACAAACCUGAAGUACAUUUAAACAUGUUGCUCUUUUGU